UGAAACUUAUCAUAAGUUAGUUUAAAAUGGAUCAACUGCCUGAAGACAUCCUUAUUGAAAUCUUUUUACAUUUGGACAACGAAUCGAUGCUCAAUGUUAUGAAAACAUGUUCUUUAUUUUGUAACGUUUUCUCGACUUCAUCAAAGCUUUUAUUAAAAUUCAACCUCAAAGUUAAUCCAAAAAAUGUAAAUCACUUAUCAGCACUUCUUGAUGUGCCGUUUAAAAACAUCACAAUAUCAGACAUCAACACAGACGAUGACUUGGCUCAAAUUCAUAACUUUGUGAAGAAAUUUGGAAAUUUUGUUGAAAUUAUGAAUUUUAAAAAUAUUUACAUUCACAAAAUUGAGCUAUUUUUGAAGGUUUUUGGUAAUUUUUCGAACCUUAAAGAAUUGAUAGUUGAGGAAGGCACAGUUGCAGCUUCAGAGACUGGAUCAAUACCUUUGCUUCCAUCACUGAGAUCCCUAACAUUUAAGGAAUGUUGCCAAAAUAUUUUCAUACUUUUCGUCCAACAGAGCGCAGUGAAAAAAGUCAAAUUCUACAGAAAUAAAAUUUCCAACACAAGAUACUUAUUUGACAACUUCCUGCUAAUGACUGCAGCUAUGCCAAAUCUUAAUCAUGCUAUAAUUAAUGGAUUUGCAGCUUCUUUAUUCUUCAAUUCGGAAAAUUUUACAUUUAAAGUUCAAAAAUUUGAAGCAACUUUGCUGACUGGCUGGUGGUCUGUGACUGAACCGAGGUUGAAUUUUCUAAAGUCACAGCAAGGAGUAUUGAAGGAACUAACAAUUCACAGACUGCCAUACGAUGAUGAUGGACAUGACGUCUUAAAAUUCAUAAUUGAGGAAAUGAAGCUUGACAAAUUUUACUUGAGAAAAAUUCCUUUAAUUUUGGAUGGAAAGAAGCAAGAAGUCAAGAAAUUAACUGUCAGUGAGUAUGAAAUAUGCAGCAUGUUCGAAAUGGUCAGGCAGUAUCCAAUCCAAUACUUGAGAUUGAUGUUAACACAUACUCACAUUGAUGAGCCUGCUGUCUGUCAAGUUAUUAAUCCAGAGACGGAUUUAUUCGAGGAUUUACAAAGUUUGGAAGUUGUGGACGGAAGCAUGCAGCUGUACAAUUUUCCGAGGUUCCUUGGACUCUAUAAGAACUGCAGGAAUAUCAAAAAGUUGUCAAUCAGCACAAAUGACGACAACAUCAACUUUGUUCUACGACAGUGCCUGCCAGAAAUGACUCAACUAAUUGAAGUUAACCUUAAUGUGGAUGUUAAAAAGGAUUUAGUCAUGGACAUGUUGGAAGUAGUUAGAAAAUAUGUUAGAAAUAUUGAAAAAUUUGGGAUUAUUGGAAUAUUUGCAGACGAUGCACGAAAAGUUUUUAAAGAAAAUGUUCAAAUUAUUGCAAUUUAACUGAAU